GGUGCUUCUUGGCAAUAAUUAAGAGUCAGAAGCCAGGAAAUAGGAUGCUCUGAGUACGAUAACAUGGCAAGGGUGGGAGGGAAGUGUUGUUGUUAUGAAGGAAGUGUCUCCCGCACCCCGUCACGCCCACCGCCGCCGCCGCCCCGCCGCUCGCCAUGGACUCCCCGGACGUCAACGCGAAGUACCAGAAGCUCGCCACGGAGUACUCCAAGCUCCGAGCCCAAAACCAGGUGCUGAAGAAAGCUGUCGUUGAUGAGCAAGGAAAAAACUCACAGCUAUCUGAUUUAAUGAAGACACGAGAUCAGCUGCUGAGGAAGGCUGAGCAAGAGAAUGACUCCCUCUCCUUCAGAAAUCAACAGCUAACCAAGAGAUUAACACUUCUACAAGAGGACCUGGAUGAAAUACAGACAAAGGGGAAAAAAGGAAAAGGCAAGGGCGAGUCAGUGGUUGAUGGAGCUGUUGCUGACGCAGACGUAUUCACAGAAGAACUUCAUUUAAAGAUUCAAGAAAAUGCAAGAUUACAGUCAGAGCUUGCAGAAAGUCAGACAACACACCGUAAACGUUUGUCCGAAUUUGAAACACAACUUGAUGCAGCCAAAAGAGAAACACAAAAAUACAAGGAUAUGCUGCAGCUUCGAGAAAGAUCGGCUAAUGAUAUGAUUAGCCAGUUAGAGAGUGAGAGGGUUCGUCAGGAGGUUGUGGCCCAACAGAGACAAGCUGAGUUACAAGCUUUAAAGGAACAGGUGGCCAGACUACAGGAAAAGCUCAGUAGUGAGGCCAGCGGCAAAACUUCUGUUGUAGACCAGCACUCUCAAAGGGACACCCCAGAUAUGGGAUCAACUGCUGCCCAGAGAGGACCAGGGUCAAGCAGCCUUAAUAUUCCAGUACAAAAUGGAAGAGAGAAAUCUUCCAGUUUUACAGCAAGGAGUUUAGUGGAUACCUUUGAUGGUUUGAUUCAAGAAAUGUCACAAACAUUUGCCAAGUUUUUGUGUACCUACAGUACAAGAGUGAAACUGCAUGAUCAUCAGUCAGAUGUUAAGCAAAAAUUAAUAGAGCAUUUGCGGUCAGCUGCUAUCCCAUGGCAGUCUCUGACAACAGCAUAUCAUCAGUUGGCUGAGACUGCCUCUUCGGAGGAAUUUGUUGCUAUAGAAACCUUGGUGGGACUGUCCACUGUAAGCCAGCAAGUCAGUUCAUGUGUUGCGAGUUUACGCAAAGUCCUACCCCUCGUGGUACACUGGGUUUGUGAGGGGAGCAAAGGCCAGGCAAGCACAGACCGAAGUAGUGCCUCCUGGAGUGCAGCAUUCAGCCGGCUGGUGUCCUCAUUGGGAUCCCUCACCCCUUACGUUAACACUCUUGCCAACCAGAGCACACCGAACUCCAGCAUUCCCCUCAGUGCACAGGGCCGCAUCAUCUCCAUGCUAAGUGACCGCCUCAGUAACUUGCAUGCAGCCCUCAGAGAGGCCACAAGUGCAUACCAAAGGAAAGCUGAGAGUGAGAAAGAGCUUUAUUUAAUAUCGUCCGAUGCAAAGGCUAUCAAUGAAGAGAUAUUUAGUGUUCUCUCUUCACUUACUCUCACAACUGGUAAGAUGUCUCAUAUCUUCAAGGAGCAGGUGGUGCCUUCCUGGAAUCGAGGGGGAUCCACCCCCAGCACACCCUCCUCACCCUACCCAAGUAUGCCUUAUUCCCUUAGUAAAUCAAGAACUUCCCUCUGUGGUGUUCAAGAUGAUGGGCCAUCAACACUGUAUGAUGGCACACCGGUGAGCCCAUUAGACAGCACUGCACAUGGGGACAUCGAGGCCUCCCUCAUGAAGCAGUUGGCUCUGGCCACCUCAAAACUUACUCAGCUAGAAGCAGAGAGAGAGCACUGGAGGCUAGAACAUCAGCUCUUACAAUGCAAGCAUCAAAAGGAAGCAAAGAGAGUUCGAGAGCUGGAGAAGCAGCUGAAGGGGGAAACAGCCUCUAUAAAGGAAGAAGACCACAAGGAAUACUCGUCGUCCAUCUCCUCGGCAACAUCACUGGUUGGGGAGGUGCAGGGUUGUGAUGGGGCAUUCGACGAGAGGGAAAAGGAUAUCCGGAAUCACUUCACCAACCGCUGCUCACACCUUUACAUGCAACUCACCUCAGCAACGAGCCAGGCUGCCCUCUACCAGAAUGAGUGUGAGGCAUUAAUGAGGCGUUUGGCAGUGAGUGAUGAAUGUAGGGGUGCCAGUGAGCAGGAGAUGGACAAGCAAAGAGAAAAAGUCAAUCAGCUGAGAGAAACCCUUCAAACAACCAGCAGAAACUAUGAAGAACAAAUUUCCACAAUGUCGGAACACCUUGCUGACCUCAACGAAAAGUUGACAGCUCAGUCAGAAGUAAUAGAACAGUUUAGGUUUGAAGCAAAGAGUAAGAAGAGCAAGAAGUGAUAGAGAUGAGACCCAGGUUGGUUAAUUUUUGUAACAUAAUCAGCGGUCCGCAUAAACUCCUGAACUUGCGCGACUUAUUUCUACUGCAUCAUUAUGUUGUAAGACCUAUUUAUCAUCAUCACCAGCAGCACCGUCACAAUCUCAUCAUUGAUACUGCUAUCAUUUCCAUCAGCCAUUAGUUUGGAGAUCAGGUACUAGUGAUUUCAGUGUGUCACUGUGUGUGUAGGAUCUUGGUCCUUAGUAUAUACUAGUGUAGUAGUAUAUAACUUACAUUCCUGAGCAUUUUCACAUGUGAUAUAUCAUCCUUUAUUUGUUGUUGUUAUCAUCCCACCUAGUUUUUGCUGGUAAUGUGUUAGAGAAUGAUCAUGUUUGAGAUUAUUAUAAUUAUUAUUUCAAAAUGUUUAUCCUUCCUAAAAAACAUAAAUUUUAGUUAUAACUUCAAACAAUAGAGAUUACAUUGAUAUAUCAAAAUUUGUUUGAGUAAGUGUACUAAAUGAUAACUUUUAUUAACACUUGGUUGUUACUCAAAACAAGAACUUGGAGGGAGCCUUAAUUAGUUUACUAUAUUCAUGGUAUUAAAUAGGGUCUCAAGCUGGCGCUUGAGAUAAUAAAGGAAUGUGUGUGUGUGUAUGUGUGUGUGUGUGAGAGAGAGAGAGAGGGGGGCAGAGAAAUUUCCAGUUAAUGAUUCCCUUCCUCAAAACUAUUGCAAAUUUACAAUACUGUAUCUCAUGAUACUACUGUAUUAUUGAUAUUAUGAAAACUGAAUUAAGGUAACACCGAAGAAAAUUAUAAUAAAUAUUUAAUCAUGAAAGAAGCUUUAUUAUUUCAGUUAUCUCAGCUGUAAAAGUGGAUGUUGAAUGUAAUUUCAGAAUUCCUUGGUCUCCAUGCAUACCUGUUUACGUACCUGCUAAUACUAAGUGUAUAUCUGUGUAUAGUGAGCAAGGUAAGCAAAAUCCAUAUAUUUUAUUUUAUAUAUUUUUAGUGUAGGAACUGCCAUGAAUAUAACCAUGUUCUUAUUUAUUACUCAUAUGUAACAAUAUACUGGUAUUAGUUCAAACACAUGUUUGAUAAUGGUUUUAUAAUCUCAAGAUUGUAAAAUCAGUAUUUUUUGAGCCUCAGGCCUUCCUGCCACCACUAUACUUUACUUAAAAGCUAUACUAAAUUGUCUUUACAACAAAGCACUUUUGCAUUAAAACAUUUUAUAUGCCAAUAUGUUACAAAAAUAAUCUUAUGUACAAAUUUA